ACGCCUCAAACGCCUAGUCGAUGAAUAAUUUCGAAGCGUUAAAUACGCCGACAGUGUUUCGUAUUUAAUUCAUGUGUUCUAAUAAAUUAAUAACAAUUUGAUUUUACCCGUGCCUCGAAUUCAAAGAAUCCUCCAUCAUGCCAAGAAUUAUGAUAAAAGGGGGUGUCUGGAGGAACACAGAGGAUGAGAUUCUUAAAGCGGCAGUGAUGAAAUAUGGUAAGAACCAGUGGAGCAGAAUAGCCUCUUUGCUACACCGUAAAUCAGCGAAGCAAUGCAAGGCUCGUUGGUUCGAGUGGUUGGACCCCAGCAUAAAGAAAACAGAAUGGAGCAGAGAGGAGGACGAGAAGUUGCUUCACCUAGCCAAACUGAUGCCGACCCAAUGGAGAACAAUAGCUCCAAUAAUCGGUCGUACAGCUGCCCAAUGUCUGGAGCGUUACGAGUGCCUCUUGGAUCAAGCCCAAAAGAAGGAAGAGGGUGAGGAUGGUUCAGACGAUCCCCGUAAGCUCAAACCCGGAGAAAUUGAUCCGAACCCGGAGACCAAACCAGCACGCCCGGACCCGAAGGACAUGGACGAGGAUGAGUUAGAAAUGUUAUCAGAGGCACGUGCUAGGCUGGCCAAUACCCAGGGAAAGAAAGCGAAACGAAAGGCCAGGGAGAAGCAGCUGGAAGAAGCCAGGAGACUUGCUGCACUCCAGAAGAGAAGGGAAUUGAGAGCUGCUGGAAUCACAGUGAACCAGAAGAACAAGCGAAAACGAGGGGUCAACUAUAACACCGAGAUACCCUUCGAGAAACGUCCGGCCAUCGGAUUUUACGAUACCAGUACUGAGCACAUUGAUCCACUGGCUGCGGAUUUCUCCAGGAUGAGGCAGCAGCAUCUAGAUGGCGAACUGAGGGCUGACAAGGAGGAGCAGGACAGAAAGAAGGAUAAACAGAAGCUCAAGCAGAGAAAGGAGAAUGAUAUACCCAUGGGGAUGUUGAAUAAUGAGGAGCCUGUGAAGAAGAGGAGCAAACUGGUGCUUCCAGAGCCCCAGAUAUCUGAUCAGGAGCUCCAGCAGGUUGUGAAACUGGGUCGUGCCUCAGAGGUAGCACGAGAAGUCGCCACUGAGAGUGGAAUAACACUUUCGGAUAGUCUUCUCGCGGAUUACUCCCUCACACCAAGUGCUGGAGUGACACCUCGCACUCCAGCUGUUACUGAUCGUGUUCUCCAGGAGGCCCAGAACGUCAUGGCUCUUACACACGUUGAUACACCCCUCAAGGGCGGUCUUAACACUCCUCUCCACAAUGUUGAUUUCAGUAGCGUUGUACCUUCUUCUACUGCCAUUGCAACUCCCAAUACUGUCCUGGCAACUCCAUUCAGAUCCACCAGAAGUGAUGGGACACCUCUGAAUUCUGGAUUCAAUACACCAGCUUCUGCCAGGACCCAAAAUGGUAUUCUAACAGCAACUCCGGUCAGGGAUAAACUGAAUAUUAAUCCAGACGCUGGUCUCGAGGGAACUGAGACCCCAGCACUUCAGAAACAGACGAAAGAACAACUGAAGUUGGGACUGAGCGCGCUUCCAGUACCGAAGAAUGAUUUUCAGAUUGUUAUUCCUGAAAAUGAAGACCAGGACGAUGGGGGCAGUAGUCAGAUGGAUGUUGGGGUUGAGGACCAGGCUGAUAUUGAUGCCAGGAGGCAACAGGAACUCCUGGAGCAGAGAGCCAGGGAAAUAGCGAAGAGGUCUCAAGUUAUUCAGAGGAAUCUGCCAAGACCUACGGAAGUUAACUUGAAUAUUCUGAGGGGUGUCGAUGUCAGUCUGAGGAACCUUAAACCAGCCCGGGACUCGGGGCUAACUGAUCAGCAGAUUGCUGAGGAGCUGAUCAAGAGAGAAAUGUUAACAAUGAUGCAGUAUGAUGCUGUUCAGAAUCCUACGAUAAUCAAUUCGAAACGUGGAAAUGCUCUCGUUGCAAUGGCACAGAACUAUCUCGAUCAUCAUCCUUAUGAUGAUUUUGAGAGGAAUGACCUUGACGUGGCUAAGACUCUAAUUUCUGAUGAGAUGGAGGUAGUGAAGAAAGGUAUGGGACAUGGGGAGUUGAGUCUUGAGGCGUAUACCACUGUGUGGGAGGAGUGCUCCUCUCAGAUUUUAUUUUUGGAAGGCCAGAAGAAAUUCACGAGAGCGAACGUAGCGUCGAAGAAGGAGAAAAUCGAAGCUGCUGAGAGAAUUCUCGAGGAGAACAGGGGACACAUGACUGGAGCUGCUAAACUCGCUGCAAAGAAGGAGAAAAAACUCAAGAUUAUGAUGGGAGGGUAUCAGACAAGGGAUCAAGUCCUCACGAAACAGUUGCAUGAUAUUUAUGAACAGAUCGAACAGGCACAGCUAGAGUUGUCGACUUUUGAGUUCCUUCAGAAACAGGAGAAGGUUGCACUCGAUAGGAGGGUCAAUGCACUCAGUGAAGAUGUCAAUCGACAGGUCGAGAGAGAGAGGAGCCUUCAGGCGAGGUUUGCGGAGCUGCAGGAGCAGGUGCUCCAGACGGGAAGUGAAAAUUGAUUGGGUGGGUAGAUUGGAAAAUUCAGGGGGCGGUCAUUUUUUUUUAUUGUGGAUGGUGAAUAUAGAGGUUCCACAUUAUUUAUUGAUUUGUUUAUUCAGAGAUCCUGGAGAUGAGGAUUAGAGGAAUAAUUAUAAUAAAGAGAUUGCACUCUUCAGUAAUUGAAAUUGUGUCGAUGGAAAAUUACUCCGGAAAUUAAAAACGAAGGAACUUGGAUAUUUCAAUGACCAGUAAUUUACGCGGAAUUUAUCUCUUUUGACACUGAAGAAUUACCAACUUUGUCAUUUUUCGAUGAGACUAUUUUGUUAAAUUCUCUCUUUUGAGAAAUUAAUGAGCAUUCGAUUAAUUUUCCCUUUUUCUGCAUUUUUGUAGAUUAAUGAGGACUUUGAUGAACUUUUUAAUUAAUUCAAAACAUUCAGAAGUGAGUUACAAAGGUUAUGUAAGAUUUAAAUCAAUUCCAGCAGUGUAAAUUUAAUAUCUUAGCAGCUGGCGUAUGGACUGUUUAAUUAAUUUUUCAAUGCUAGCAUAACUGAAUAAUUACUGAAUAAUU